CUUUCUUUCUUUCUUUCUUUCUUUCAGGUGACUGGCCUGCAUGGUGCAGGGCCUUCCAUGCUAGACCUGGCUCCCAAUGCAUUUGAUGAUCAAUAUGUGGGCUGUGUCGAAGAAAUGGAGGAAAGGGCCCCCCAGCUGUUACAAGAAGACUUCAACAAGAAUGAGGGCUUAAAACUUGAGUGGGAAAUAGCAGAGAAACAAUGGGAGAUUAUAAAAAAUAGUAUGAUCUAUCCUGAAGGUUUCCGUGAUAUCCAUGGAACAGCUCUUUUAGCCUACACUGGGAACCUUGCUAUAGAUUUUAACAGAGCUGUUAGAGAAUUCAAGAAAAAUCCGGGUAGCUUCCACUACAAGGGCUUCCAUUACUACUUAACAAGAGCUGUCCAGCUUUUGGGUAACCAAGGUUGCCGUUCAGUUUUCCGAGGCUCUAAGACCAUGUUUCAUUACACUGGGAAGGGCUCUGUGCGAUUCGGGCAGUUCAGUUCUUCAUCUUUAUCUAAGAGUGUAGCUCUUUCUCCAUCAUUUUUCAAUGUUCAUGGGACACUGUUUAUCAUCAAAACCUGCUUGGGGGUUAAUAUCAAAGAAUUCUCCUCAUUCCCUCGCGAAGAGGAGGUGUUAAUUCCAGGCUAUGAAGUAUAUGACAAAGUCACAACACAACAUGAAAAAGGGUAUAACCAAAUUUUUCUGGACUCCCCACAAAGGAAGAAGAGCAACUUCAAUUGCUUCUAUACUAGUCCUGCUGAAAUAGGCAAUAUUCAUUUCAUCAUCUCAGGUGAGUCUGUGUCUGUGUUAAAGAUGGAUCUGGUGAGGGACCUCAUGAAAUGAGGGGGUGUUCCCUUCCAGAAGCAGUAUGUGAGACAAUGCACAUGGAGGAUGCCUGGCAUGCUGGAGGGUAGCAUUGAUAAAGCCAAGAGCAUGUACCUCAGUGAUGGCACAUCAGAAAUGACUGAAACAGUGAGCAACGUCAUGAAAAAAGCUAUGACCAGUCAGAGUAGCCCUGACACCCUGAAGGGUUUCUGGAAACAUGAGAAGACUUUAGAAGCAGAAGUGGAACUUCAGAAAGAGAUCUCUGGGAUCUCAUACACUUGCAUAGGGAAAUUUUGAAUUUGGAUGAAUCCCAGGGAAACCAUGACACCUACCCAGGUACGGAGUCCACCAAGAAAGAUGCUGCCCUUUUGGGCCAUAUGGUCCCUGUCCAAUCCAGGCAGGUUGAGAGCCACAGGUAAGCUCCAGGUCACAUCAGCUAGUAUAGAAUACAUGUUGCUUUAACAAUAGACUUUCAGAAGUUU